AUGGAGUUGAAGUUUCUGCUUGGCUACGUGUUCGAGCCUACCGACGAAGUGCUCAUCGAGCAUUAUCUGUUGAAAAGGAUGACCGGGGAGAUAUUACCGGUGGCCGAACUUAAUCUUGUGAGUGAGUGCAAUCUCUACAGUGAAGAGGGAUUGCAGGAGGCAUUUCGAAGAAUUCAAGAAUUAGAGGACAAAGAAGAAAAUGACGAGGACGACGACGACGUCAGAGAAAAUAGUUUGGAUCAUUUCAUCCCUUCCCCGACAUUCAAUAAGGAGCUCUUCUUUUUCACGCCGCUGAGGAAAAAGAGUCACAACGGAAACAGAAUCGAUAGAUCGGUGGGAAAGGGAACCUGGAAGGGGCUGGACAAGGGACAUCCAAUUUUGGACGCUCAAGGCAGGGUUAUUGGGAUGAAGAAAAGCUUUAAUUAUGAUAAUAAAGGGUCAGCCCAACACCUUCAAUGGGACAUGAAGGAAUAUAGUCUUGACGGCAUCUGUCUCCAAAAUCCAAAUAUUAAGGUCAAGGACUACGCGAUUUGCAAGAUCAAAAAGAAAGCCAGAGCCAGAGGGAGAAAGCGUGCGAGAAUCGAGAACCACCAAGUAGCAGAAGAAGAAGAAGAAGCUGGUGAAUCAUCAUCUCAUUCUUAUGUGGGAGCUGGAGCUGGAGCUGGAGCUGUUCUCUCCAGCAUUGAGAGUGAGAAGCAAACACUAGAAGAAGAAACAGCUGCCGAAACUGAUAUCUUCAAUAAUAAUAUUGAAGACGAUGCCGCCCAUGGUUGGGUCCUCUCACAUAUUAGUUUUGACGAUUUAGACUUUUGA